CGAGGCACAACAUCCUGCGCUCAGGCCCGAAGCACCUCUCGAACUACCUGCCAGCGAUCAUGGAGGCACCUUGCUGGACAAGGAGAACGAAGACUGAUGGGACAGCGCAAAAGAUUAAAAGACGCCAGGAAAUUGCUUUACCUAGUGGUGCUUCCCCCUCGAAUGCGAUUGAGCAUGUAGUGUAAGUCUUGCACUUCCAUGUGACCUCGUCACAGGGACGGCCUGUGAAAAGAGCACCAGAAUAGCACAGAUUAGGUUGCAACUCUCCGAGGUUCCAUGCACCAUUCACUCACCAGCCCUUUCUUUAGGACAACUCUCGACAAGCUGGUCAACUGGGCUCGAGUCGGUUCAUUUUGGCCCGUCACUUUCGCACUGGCCUGUUGUGGGAUAGAAAUGAUGCACGCAGCCAUGCCUCGCUAUGACCUGGACCGCUUCGGCAUCAUCUUUCGUGCAAGCCCGCGGCAAGCCGAUCUCAUGAUCGUGGCCGGGACCGUUACCAACAAGAUGGCGCCUGCGGUGCGAUUGGUCUAUGACCAGAUGCCCGACCCCAAAUGGGUGAUCAGCAUGGGAAGCUGCGCGAACGGUGGUGGUUAUUACCACUAUAGCUACAGUGUACUGAGGGGCGUUGACCGCAUUAUACCGGUCGAUAUAUAUGUUCCAGGAUGUCCACCAACAGCCGAGGCUCUGUUGUUCGGAAUAUUUCAGCUUCAGAAGAAGAUCCAAAGGACCAGGACGGUGCGCAUGUGGUACCGUAAGUAAGCUUGUCUGAAUUGUCCGAGGCUUGAGGUAAUGCAUAGUGCAACCUUUCUGGCAUUGGUCAGGCGG